AUGGGCUCAGAUGCCUCGAUCGUCCAAGCAGCCCGUAUUUCUUAUGGCUCUGGUACAAAACAAGUCAAUAAAGACCGCGGACUAAUAAGAUAUUUAAUGCGACACUGGCACUCUACACCUUUCGAAAUGUGCGAAAUCAAAUUGCAUGUAAGAGUUCCAAUGGAUAUCUGGCGCCAAUGGAUCCGGCAUCGCACAGCAAGUGUUAACGAGUAUUCGACACGAUACUCAGAGGCUAUAGACUCCACUCAACGUACUGCUAAAGAUUCUUGGCGUUUACAGUCAACAGAUAAUAAUCAGGGAAGUUCAGGUAAUAUCGACACUAAAAUAGGCAAUACAUUAAGCCAACGGGAACAAGAACUUCAAACACUUGCCGUUGAUGUAUACAAUGAACGAUUAGAUAACGGCAUUGCCAGAGAACAAGCACGUAAAGAUUUACCACUCUCAACGUAUACAGAAGCCUAUUGGAAAGUCAACUUACAUAACUUGUUCCAUUUUUUGCGCUUACGUAUGGAUGACCAUGCACAGUAUGAAAUUCGUUGUUACGCAAAGACAAUAGGCGAAGAAAUUGUCAAAAAAUGGUGCCCCAUCGCCUGGGAAGCCUUUCUUGACUAUCGCUACCAUGCAACCCAAUUCUCUCAACUUGAAACAGAAAUCCUACAAGCAACUUUAACAGCUGGUCCAGAAGCAGGAAUCCAGCGUGCAAAAGAAAUAGGCUUACUCAGCUAUGGAGAAAAAGGUCUAAAACGUAAUCGUGAACGCCGAGAGUUGGAAGAAAAAUUUAUACAUUUAGGUUUACCAAUUCCUUGGAAAAACUAA